AUGGUUCGCGAGAUCAAGUCGCUGGCCUUUGCGGAGGGCACCUCACUGCGCACAAGCAGCGGCAUCGCGGAUUUCAGUAGGGGUCUGCGGCUCAUUGUCUCUAAGAAUGGUAUUCAGGUGGUAUUGUUCAUCACCUUUGUCUAUCUUUGUCUUCAAACGUUUUGCAUUCCGGGAACCGUGGUGCUGAACGCGGCGCUUGGGGCAAUUAUGGGCACGCUGCUAGCAGUACCCUUCUGUACCUUUCUUGGGACCAUAGGCGCGUUGUGCUGCUAUACACUUUCCAGCGUGGUUGGUAUCUCAUUGGUUGAGUCUGUGGAUUCAAAAUUGAUGCAGGGAAAAGGCCUUCAUAAUAUUCGUACUCAGGUUAACCAACACCGUAAAAACCUUUUCAUUUAUAUACUCUUUCUGCGUCUUACGCCCUUCCUUCCGAAUUGGUUGGUGAAUCUCGCUUCACCUAUCGUAGGGGUCCCGGCCAGCACCCUUGCGGCAGCCACUUUCGUGGGGAUCAUUCCACAGACAUACCUUAGCGUCCGAUUCGGUGCCUUAGCUAGACAGAACCAGAGCUCUGAUAAUAAAGAAUCCAAGGGCCAAAUAAUUACUUUAUGGGAUACACUACUGAUUGCGGUCAUAGCAUUGACUUUAGUUGCUAUAGUUCAACUCAAAAAGCGAUUUAUAUCGACGGUUAAUCCGACUUGUCUAAAUGAAAGUGAAGUAAAUGAACAUGACAACAUUUAUUGA